AUGCUGACCCACAUCAGAGCCCGAAGCAGGAGUUUGUUUCCCGGCAGCCGGACUCAGGCCAUCAAAGAAUCGGCGGACUAUCUGGACUUCUGCAACACCUUUAUCAAGCCAUGGAGCUCCAUGCAGCAUCUGGGCCGGGACAUUUAUGAUCUUUAUGCUGAGUAUGGAGAGGAGGAGGAGGAGGAUCGACGUCUGAUGUCUUCCUCUCACCUGCUGCUUUCUCCAAACGAACACUUCACUCUCAACAUCAACGUUGGAGGAACGGUGUACCUCUUGCCCUACAGGUUAGCUGCCCAGUAUCCAAAGACAAGGAUCGGACGCUUGGCUACAUACACAGACCACAACAAGAAGCUGGCCCUGUGUGACGACUACAUCGUCCAGAGCAAAGAAUUCUUCUUCGACCGCGACCCCAAAAUCUUCCACAACAUCUUCAACUUCUACAGAACCGGAGUGUUGUGCAUUAAAGACGAGCUGUGUCCCCGAAACUUCCUGGAGGAGAUAAACUACUGGGGCGUGAGAAUCAAAAACAGUCAACGCUGCUGCCGUAUCUCCUUCGAGGAGAGGCAGGAUGAGCUGAGCGAGCAGCUGAAAAUACAGAGGCAGCUGAUAGCAGAGGUGGAGAUGGAGGAGAACGAGGAGUUGUUUCAUGACAUGGCCUUCGGGUCGACCAGAAAGAUCAUCUGGAACCUGAUGGAGAAGCCGUUCUCCUCGAUCACCGCCAAACUGAUGGGAGUCGCCUCCUCCAUGUUCGUGCUGAUCUCGCUUGUUGCCAUGACACUCAACACUGUGGAGGAGAUGCAGUACAAGACAGCGUCAGGCCAGUCCAGUGGCAGAUUCUACGGCGAGUACCUGGAGACUAUCUGCAUCACCUUCUUCACCCUGGAGUACCUGCUGCGCCUGGUCUCCACCCCCGACAUCAUGUGUUUUGGACGCAGCAUGCUGAACACGGUCGACCUGGUAGCCAUCCUGCCUCACUACCUGCAGAUGAUCCUCGAGCACUUUGAGGGAGAGGACAUCCAUCCUCACUCAGGGGACAUCAAGAACGUGGGACGUGUCAGGAAGCUGGGUCAGGUUCUGAGGAUCAUGCGUCUAAUGAGAAUCUUCAGGAUCUUGAAGUUGGCUCGUCAUUCAACGGGCCUCAGAGCAUUCGGCUUUACACUGAGACAGUGCUACCAGCAGGUCGGCUGUUUGCUGCUCUUCAUCGGUAUGGGCAUCUUCGUGUUCUCAGCCAUGGUGUACACUGUGGAGCACGACGUCUACAACACCAACUUCACCUCAAUACCACAGGCAUGGUGGUGGGCCGCUGUGAGUAUUUCCACAGUGGGCUAUGGUGACAUGGUCCCUGAGACCAACCUGGGCCGAAUCUUCGCCUUCGGCUGCAUCUCCUUCGGCGUCAUCCUCAACGGGAUGCCCAUCUCCAUCCUCUACAACAAGUUCUCCGACUACUACACCCAGCUCAAGUCCCACGAGUACACGGCCGUCGCCAAGGCCCGGGGGAAGCUGCACUUUGCCCGGAGGGCGGCCAAGAAGCUUGCAGAGUGCUGCGAGGACUCCGUUCAGCCGAGGGCGUCCGGCUGGCAGGGAACCAGGUUUAGAUUUACACAUGUACACUAA